AUGUGCCAGCCCAGCCCGACGAUUGCUGGAUUCCUCCAGCAAGCGGAGGACAACUUGGCUUUGCUGAGAGCCCGUGCACAGUUCACUCCGCGCAAAGCUCGCGAGAGACGUGCCGAGGAAAGCCCAGAAAGUGCCAGCGCGCGAAUGAGUCAGCGGCUGAAGGGCACCGCGUCUACCCAUGCUUCGCCGCUGCAAGAGGAGCCUGUCGAAGAGCUUUCGCGCACGCCUUGGCAGCUUUGGCUGCGUGAGCUGGAUCGAAAGGUCAGAGGCUUCGACGCGCGCUUCAGGUCUAUGGAGAAGGCAGUGGCUUCAGCAGCGGACUUGGCAGCUGCCUCUUCGAGGUGCGGCCGCGAUGGUAUUGAGGCUGCAACUGCUGCCACUGCAGCUGUCCGCGUGGAAGCUGAGGCCAAGUGUCGAGAACUCGCCCAGCGCAUCGAAAGUCUUUCUGGUUCCGGCGGUCGCUGGACCCAGGAGCUUGAAGCCCGCAUUGACAACUGCGUGCAGGCCUCUUUGACCUCUGACCUCCGCUGCCUGGAGAGGCGUCUCGUGGCCCAGUUCUCUCAACGCCACUCUGAGGUCCUGGAGGCAGCACAGCAGAUGAUGGCCGAAUUGAAGGCCGAGGUGAGCCUGGAACUUGAGGCGCUGCAGGGCAGGAGCUGCCGACGCCGGCCAGCUGGCCGGGGCUCGGAAGGCGCCCUGGAAGGGCGCCUCAGCCUCGCCGAGAAGGACCUGCGACGAGCACUGCGAGAUGUCGACGACCUGGAGCGGGUCGCCGCUGGGCCACUCCGGCACCUGGAGCAGCGUGUGGCUUCCCUCGAGGCUCGUGAGGAACCCGAGGCGAUGGCACCGGGGUCAGGACAGCAGGAGAAGCGCAUCGACAGGCUGGAGGCAGACUUGGUGAAGUUGUUUCGAAAGCUCGGCACGACUGUGAGCGUAGGGGUUCAGGACCCACGAGCUCGGCAGGGCGUGCCAGAAGUGGUCCUGUCUGCGGCGCCCGACACCCGAAGUUCAGAGCAGAAGGCAGCCAAAUGUGCAGAGCCACCUAGGCCGGAACGAACGCUGCAGCCUUCUGAGUUGGCGGGUGGGCGAGAGCUUCAAGAGAUCGCUUCGAAGGCAAGCGGUGCCAAGAAAGCAGAUCCAGCCACUGAGCUGCUUGAGGCGGUUAGCGAUUCUGCAGGCACGCCGUCAGCCCCGCCUUCGCCAUCGUCGCCAUUGCCAAGCAGGCCAGUCGUUCCAUUUCAGCCACCAAGCCGACGCCCUUCGCGACCGCUUCUCACAGUCCCGGGAGGGAGACGCGCCUCUGGGAUCGAGACGAAGGCCGACUCCGAGCCUGAGCACCGGGAGCACCGGGAGCACCGGGAGGCAUCUGCUGGUGCAAGUCGAGAUCUUUGGGACAAUCUGUUGGCUCGCACUAUCAGCCCGAGAGGACAGGCGCACUUGCUGGAGUUCACAGGCCCGCUCGCAAAGGCAGAUGACGUGGCGUCGCGACUUCAGCACAUCCCGAGCUUACUGCAACUCUGUUCCCCGGAGUUCCCGGUGCUGGCAUGUGUACGAUGCCGCAUCUGGCUCGUAUACGUUGGCUCGGCAGGCUGUGAUUAUGACGAUAGCUCGUGUCAUGACAGCGGGCACACAGCAAACACGGUCUUUGCAUAUGAUGUUCUGAGAGGUGGAACCAUUGUUCCCAAUCCUCCCUUGCACGUGGAUGUUGGUGGCCUGCCUUUGUGGCUUACUAUCAAAGAGUCAGCGGAGCUCAACUACAAAUGCAUGUUUGCCACACUUGCCGACAAUCAGAUCAGUGUGCUGCAGGAUCCGGGAUCUUCACUUACAGCUUUUGAGCCAAUUCAGACACUGCCCUCUGGUGGUUUAACCCCGGUCUUUGCAAGCCUAAGCCUUGAUCAAAAGUUCUUGCUUGUGGCAAACUACAACGGCAACGAUGAUCCUGCAGGCGCAGGCGUGUCUGUUUUCAGGAUUGAGUCAGACUGCAAGCUAUCGCGGUCGGAUUUUGCCAAACACCAGGGGUCGUCGGUUGACUCCUCGCGCCAGCUUGCUGCCCACACGCAUGGCGUGGUUGUGUCAUCGAGACGUAACAUCAUCUAUGCUUUCGACCUGGGUAUGGAUGUGGUCUUUUCGUACAAGCUUUCUGACACUGGCGAGCUUGAAGAACUCCAUCGAACAGCCGUGUUUCCAGCUUCCGGCCCUCGCCACGGAGUGGAGCAUCCCUCGCUGCCUAUUCUCUACGUCAUCUGUGAGAUGGGCAAGUCAGUCCUUGUCUUCCAGGAACUUGACGAUGGGCGCUUGGCCCUUCGACAGCUCAAUCAGCUGCACACCCACGAACCGGAUGAGCUCGCGAAAGCUGCCGAAAUCGCAAUGUCGGCUUCGGGAAAGACCCUGUAUGCCACAAAUCGGGGUGAGAAGGACUCGUCCAACACUGUGACCGUGUUCAGCAUUCUACAGAACGGGCACCUGAAGGUGAUCCAACAGAUCAAGGCUCCAAAGUACCCUCGCGGGAUGACGCUGGCCCAUGAUGACCGCAUUUUGCUUGUGGCGGGGCAAUCGAACAGCGACCUCACAGUGUACACGGUGCAGCCGGAAGGAAAGCUCAGCGAGCAGUACACUUUGAGCAAAGGCUUGCCGCCACAGCCAGCAGCAAUUGCAGUAUUGCAAGAGCCUGUCGGGGAACUGUGA